AUGCCGAAUCAAGACGAUUGUUUCAUUCUGCACGAAUGCGGUUCUAAACUACAAAGUAUACUUUAUAAAAUGGCAAAUACAAGAUAACUAUACUCGAUUCAUUAAAUGUUCAAGUAUAAAUUGUAAAAUACAUUGGCUGGCAUUUUAAACAAUAUGGGUUGGGAAAAAGUUUGUGAAAUGUUCACUUGGGCUUAAAGUUUAAGAUGGAGAGACCAUGCAAGCUGUAAUGAUAUUGUUUCAAAUGCCGAGGCUUUUCUAGCUGGUAAUUACGGUUUUUGGAAAAGUACGACUUCUUUUUUUGAUGGACAAAUGGUUGGAGCGCUUAGUAAGAGUGACAGACGUCUCUUUAGGUUUAGGAGCAGAAGCAGUCUUUCUUGGACCUUUAGUGGCAAUGGUUAGGUUGGGGGAAUUGACAUUGAAGCAUUUAUCGAUAAUCUUUUUUGGUGCAAUCGUAAUCAGAUCUUUUUUAAUUGUAAAGAGUUCGCCAAUAAGAGUGGUACCAACAGAAAGUGUGAUACAACCAUUAGCCGAAGCAUCGCCACUAAUUCUUGGGUCAAGAGGCUUUCCAUCAGUAGAAGUGAUCGUCUUGUUUGUUUUGGCGUGCAAACCAAUCUUAAGAUCAGCAGUGUUGUCUAGAGAAAGCGAUGUAUGUAGGAGGUCCUUGCCAAAAAUCUUGGCAACAAGAGCCAGUUUGGGGAUCAAAGCAACUUUAAUGUUGGCAUCAAUUUCAACAUGAGCAUCGGUACGAAGACUAUAUACAGGGACAAAUCCAGUAAUGUUCUUUGGAUCGGAGCUAGAGAGGAAAGCGCGAAAGUGUGGGAGAGCAGCAGUGAAGUUGGCAUGAACAUCAAUAUCGGCAAGGAUAGCAACAUCAGCACGACCAUUGAGCAUAAGCUCUGGACCAACAACGAGGAAACCAGGAAUGUUGAUAGGAGUGAUGGGAAGCUCUACGAGGGUGACUUCAGACUGUUCGACAUUGACAUUGGCCUUGAGUCUAAACAGCAUAUUGGCAGUAAGCUGAACAUGACCUUCCCAGUUGAGAGAAACGCCGGGAGUUUCGAAUAGACCACCAAAUGCAUGAAAGGUAGCAACGGACUGGCCAUAAAUACCACAAGGAUCACAUCCGGUAGUAAGAGUGCCAACUUUUCCGAGAGGGAGAUCAACAACAGUAGAUAUGCCAAUAUCAAUGUUUAGCGGAAGAUGCUAUUAAAUUAAA